UUUCUAACUGCGUCGACCAACUGUCGUUUCUGCUGACGACGUUCUCUAUAUAUCUUCUAUCUUCUUAUGAUAAUGCAAUCCUUUUUCGGAGUACCACUACUUUUUUGCUUGUGAGGUUAUAUGCGUGUAUAGGUUCGUUCCACUCUGCCUUUUGUUUAGCCGUUGUUGUUAGGAUGGAUACGGCGGCCGCUGAGCCCGCCGUGAUGGAUCGCGAGCGCCUGACGGCCGAAAUGGCCUUCAGGGAUACCUCCAUCGUCAUCAAGAUCCGCCGCCGUCUGCCGGACUUCCUCCAGUCUAUCAACCUCAAGUACGUCAAGCUCGGCCUGGGCUACACCACCAUCCCCACCGCUUACCUGCUGGUGCCCCUCCUAUUUUCGGCCCUCGCCGCCACGAUCCGGCUCGACCGGAUACUCGUGACCACGCCGGCCCGGCUCUCCAUCGACCCCGCCACCGGACUCGGCUCCGCGGUGGUCGCCCUGGUCUUGCUCGCCGCCUACUACUUGAAGCGGCCGCGCCCCGUCUACCUGGUGGAGUUCGCUUGCUACAAGCCCGACGACGAGCACAAGAUCUCCAAAGAGGGGUUCCUGGAGAUGACCGACUGCACCGGCGUAUUCACGGAGGAGUCACUCGGCUUCCAGACAAAGAUCACGAUGCGGUCAGGGCUGGGGGACGAGACGUAUCUGCCGCCCGGAGUGCAGGCGCGGCCGCCUCGGCUGUGCAUGGCGGAAGCUCGGUUGGAGGCGGAGGCCGUCAUGUUUGGUUGCCUCGACGCCCUCUUCGAGGCCACGGGUGUCGACCCGCGGCGUGACGUCCGCAUACUCAUCGUCAACUGCAGCCUGUUCAACCCGACGCCGUCGCUGGCGUCUAUGAUCGUCAACCGCUACAAGAUGCGGGAGGACGUGAAGAGCUUCAACCUGGGCGGCAUGGGCUGCAGCGCGGGGCUUAUCUCCAUCGACCUCGCCAAGGACCUUCUCCAGGCGAACCCCAACUCCUACGCCGUCGUGCUGAGCACGGAAAACAUCACGCUCAACUGGUACUUCGGCAACGACCGCUCCAUGCUGCUGUCCAACUGCAUCUUCCGGAUGGGUGGCGCCGCCAUGCUACUGUCGAACCGGCGGGCGGACGCGGGGCGGGCCAAGUACCGGCUGGUACACACCGUGCGGACGCACAAGGGGGCGGACGACAGCUGCUACGGGUGCGUGUACCAGCGGGAAGACGGCCGCGGGGCGAUCGGAGUGUCUCUGGCCAGGGAGCUGAUGGCCGUGGCCGGGGACGCACUCAAGACCAACAUCACCACGCUGGGACCCCUGGUGCUGCCCUUGUCGGAGCAGCUCAAGUUCCUGGCAUCGCUACUGGGUCGACGGGUGCUGAGGCUGAGGGGCGUGCGGCCCUACAUACCGGACUUCCGGCGAGCAUUCGAGCACUUCUGCGUGCACGCCGGGGGGCGGGCGGUGCUCGAGGAGAUACAGAAGAACCUGGGGCUGGGAUCCGCGGACAUGGAGCCCUCCCGUAGCGUGCUGCACCGCUUCGGCAACACCAGCAGCAGCUCGCUGUGGUACGAGCUGGCGUACGCGGAGGCUAAGGGCCGAGUGCGCCGGGGUAACCGCGUGUGGCAGAUCGGCUUCGGGUCCGGGUUCAAGUGCAACAGCGCGGUGUGGCGUGCGCUCCGAGACGUCCCGCCGGUGCACCAGGGCAGCCGCGGGCGCUGCAACCCCUGGGCCGACUGCGUCGACCGCUACCCGGUCAAGGGACAGGCUUGAGGUUGUCGACGAACCCACGGCGCGCCCUCUCGUGUCCUCCAUUUGCCUCAACCACAUAAAUGCAAGCUCCUAUUACCACCAUUUGUUUGAAGCUGUUACCCCCGUUCAGCAGUGCACACACUUGCUCCCUGUAUCUACGUUUAUCCUCAUGCAUGCGUGCAAUUUAGCUUCUGGUCAAAACAAUAAACUCAACCUAGAUUGUAAUCGUGUGCUUA